AUGUUAUAUGGAAUUAUGGACUCCUGGAGUCCUACAGAAACUGAUUCAUUUUCUGGAGAGUUAGAUCAAUCUGCAAUUAAUCAAAUCAUUUUGAAUGGAGAUCUUUUCCACUCAGUUGAUGGUAAUGUGGGGUCGAACAUUUUGCAUCAUAAUAAGGUCAAUGCUACAAACAAUGAACAUAUGUCAAAGGGGAAAACUAACUUGAAUCGGCUGCAUGCUGUUCCUGGUCUCGGACGAGUAUAUGAUGAAACUACACAAGUGCAUCGAACUGAUCCAUCCUUUCUGGUUGCUGAUGAUAUUGAUCUUGAUAUAGAAGUUUCAGAGACAGUGAAGGGAAACCACCCAAGAGCAACAAUGGCACAUCGGCGCAAUUUUACCUCUGGAGAACAGACUUUUGACAGUGAUCUGAAUCUUCAAAAUGGAGGAAGUAGAAGGGAUUCUCAUUCCGGUGAGAUGUUCAUUACUGUGUCUGACAUCAAUCUCAGAAGUAUGCCCUCUCAAGUGCCACCCCCAUCUCGUCCACCUCCUGUACUGGAUGCAAAAAAGGAGGAGGCCAUGUGUAAAUUUCAUUCGAACAGCAGGCUGGUUUCUUCGAAAGAGACACCUGAUGCUGGUUCACCACCUUUCUUUGAUGCGGAGGAUCAUAUGAAUUCAUCUGCUACAGCUUCUGCUGAUGCUACCAAAGAAGCAAUGCUUAGAGCAGAAGCAAAACUUAGGAGUGCCAAAGAAUUAAGAGAGAGAAAGAAAUGGGAUUGUGAAACCCAUUUAAAAUCAAGUUAUGGUGCAAAAGUUAAUGAAGCAAAGAUGUAUAAGGAUAUCACUAGAGUAAGUAGUUUGAGUGAUGAGACAACGCUGGGAAGUUACGAUUGGAGACAUUCAAAAGCAAAAUUAUAUGUCACAGACGAAGGGAAAAGAGUUGUAAACAAGUUCGAGGAAAAGAACAAGAUGGAAUCCCGGUCAUCUCAAGAAUCCGAUAGGAGUACAGAAGUUGGAACGUGGAAAGACGAGUCUGAAUUUUUUGAAUUGGUGAGAAUGGAGGAAUCUGGAAUGGUAACUCAACCCACAAAGCAGAGUAAGAAUUUUAUUCAAGGUACUGGAACCCAAAAACAUGGUCAGAAGGAGAGAGAAGCAUCUAAUGUGCAAGAAAAGCAUAAACAUGUAGAAGCAACUGAAGAAAAUUAUCAGGUCGAGGAGUACGAGAAGAAAUAUGAAGCAAUAAAAGAGGCUUGUGAAAACAUUAUGAAAUCUGAAGCAUCUAAUGAGAAACGGAGGCAAAUAGAGCACAUAGAAAGGGAAAAAAUGGCCAAAAUAUUUGAGGUGGAAGAAAAUGAGCAGAGUACAAGAAUAGCCCACCUGCAUGGAAAAACUGAGAAGGUAAAUGAAGCUGACCAAUCCGCAAUCAUGGAAGACACGUUUGAGAUGGGCUACGGAGAGCAUAAACAAGCGAAAAUCCAGAAACCCAAAGAAGUAAAUAGACAGAAAGCAAUUGAGGCUCAGUCGGCCACGGAGCUUAGGGAAAAUCAUAAGAAACUACAGGAGGUUGAAAACCAACAACAGAACGUGAAUAGGCACAGGCAAUCUGAGAAAAUCGAGGAAAAUAGAAAAACGCAAAGAGAAGCUUUUGCUCUACGACAAACUGAGCACGAGGAAAAAUCGAAUGGUUCUGGGAAGCUUGAAGAUAUUGAUGAAAGAUCAAAUGUGGCCUUUGAAUCGGAUUACACAGAAGAAAAAGAUGUCUGCAAAAGAGAAGAUGAAAUGCAACUAAAACUAGGUAAACAGACUCGGAUGAAUGAGGGACUGAAAGAAGCUCAUGAAAGAGUAGAAAUUGAGAAAAGUCUCAAAAGUUCUUCUGAAAAUAAAGAAAGUGAUGAAGGCCUAAUACCUUCUUCCAUGUGGGAUGAGAAUGAAAAUCAGCUUAAAGAAGACUUUGAACUGGAAGUAAAUGAGAUAGGACUGAAAGAGGCUUCUGAGCAGAGGGACAAUGAGGCAUAUGAAAAAGAUCAAAGUAGAAAGAAAUUUGAAGAUGCUUAUGAUGGGCAUGGAGAAGGAAAUAGACUUCAAGAAUCAGGUGACAACAAAGGGAUUCAGAGUGUUAUGAAUCAAACUCCAGUGCAAGAACAGAUUAAUGGGAUGCUGAAUGAUGCUCAAAAGAAAAAUGUCACCGAGAGCACAUCAAGCCAAACAUUUUCCAGGGAAGGAAGUGUAGCUGUUUCAAAUGCGAAUAAUCACGUGGAGCAAUCUGAGAAUAUGGACAAAGAUGUUGAUGGAGUGGAGAAAAAUAACGGACUGAACAAGACUUUGGAUGACAUGGAGUGGAAAGACGGAGGAAACAUGAAUGGUAAAGCAACUGAUGAAACAUGGGAAAUAGAGAGUGACAGAGAUCUAGCAACUCAAUCAGCCUCCAUUCAUGAAGAAUUUAUUAGAAAACUGACGGUAUCUAAAGAAUUUGUUGCUGAGCAAAAUAUUGGAAAGAUGAGAACUGAAUGCCAAGUUGAAGAAAAGAAAUUGAAAGGGGUAGAGGUGGAAAAUAAACUGGAUGAUGAAAACUACAGAGCACCUGAGCGAACGACUGCAGGAGAUGCAGAGCAUCCAGGAACCCAGUCAGAAAAUGAGGGAGACACAGUGACGAAGGUUGAUUACCGAAAGAGCACAGAAGCAGCUGAACCUGUUGUAAUACAGGAGACUGUGAAUGCUAAGAAAAGAGCCCAGUGGUUUCAAGUUGGUGAGUCCACAGAAAACAAAACUAAGAGUAUUUAUGAAAAUUCUGCAAUAGUGAAAGAUACUGAAAGGAUGAGAAGAGAAAGAAUCUCAGAAAAGGAUCAUCUUAGAAAGAUGGAAGAGGAGGGGGUUAGAGAAAGAGAACGAGAAAAAGACAUUAAGAAAUCAAUGGUGGAGGCUGAGAGAGAAAGGGAAAGAGAAAAGGAUAGGAUGGCUGUUGAUAGAGCAACUUUUGAGGCUCGGGAUAGGGCAUUUGCUGCUGCUUCUGAAAGGGAAGAAAGGGCUGCAUUUCAAAGAGCAACUAUGGAAGCACGGUUCAAAGCACUGGCUGAGGCCAGGGAAAGACUUGAGAAGGCAUGCGCUGAGGCCAGGGACAAAUCAUACAUUGAAAAAGAAACUACAGAAGCAAGAUUGAAAGCAGAACGUGCUGCUGUCGAAAGAGCAACUGCAGAGGCUCAAGACCGAGCCGUGGAAAAAUUAAAGAAUGAAAGAACUGCGUUUGAGUCCAGAGAUCGGUUAGAGAGAUCUGUAUCUGACAAUUUUUGUGGAAGACAAGACUCUUCAUCCUCCGAUAUGUUGGAUACACAGUUUCAGAACUCUAGCUCUUCCACGGGUUCCAGACAUCCAUAUUCACUUUAUGGUGCUGCAUCUUUUUCUGAGAGAUCAGAAAGAGAAGGUGAAUCGGCUCAGAGGUGUAGAGCUAGACUGGAGAGGCAUCGCCGAACUGCUGAGCGUGCAGCAAAAGCUUUGGCAGAAAAGAACAUGCGUGACCUUCUAGCUCAGAAGGAGCAAGCUGAGAGAAAUAGACUAUCAGAGACACUGGAUGCUGAAGUAAGGAGGUGGUCAAGUGGAAAAGAAGGAAACUUGCGUGCCUUACUUUCUACCUUGCAAUAUAUCCUUGGGCCUGAUUCUGGGUGGCAAUCAAUCCCAUUAACAGAGGUCAUUACAUCUGCUGCUGUGAAGAAAGCUUACAGGAAGGCCACCCUGUGUGUUCAUCCUGACAAAUUACAGCAACGUGGAGCAAGUAUUCAACACAAAUACAUAUGCGAAAAAGUUUUUGAUCUUUUGAAGUGGAUACUGGAUAGCCCGAAGUUUAAGUUGUUGUCUUCUCGUCUAGAAGCUUGGAACAAAUUCAACUCAGAGGAGAGGUAA